AUGACGGUUGAUCAGGAGAAGCUACCAGUGGAGCCUGAAGCACCACCGAUGCCAGACUUGGAGAUCGACCUUGACGAGCAGGUGGCUAUGGAUCAGAGUGAUCAUGCUGAGGAUCCCGAGCAGAUGCCACAAAAGCCUGUAGCGGAAGAAGAAGAGAAUCUGAAGUUUGAAGGCGAAGAAUGCAAGAUUGAGCGGAUGAUUCAGCGGUUCUUCUUUGAUGUUACCACGGCUGCUGCUCAGACCGCUGCACAGGCGCAGCGGGAAGCUGAAGAAAAUGCUAGGAGAGCACAGAGAGCUGAACAGGAUCAUGCACAAGACCAGAUCCGAAUGAGAACUGAUUUUAACCGCCAUGGUCCACCCAAGUUCCAAGUUGAGGUGGAGCCAGAGAAAGCAGAUUUGUGGGUCCAGGAGAGGGAAAAGAUUUUCGAGGCUCUCCAUACUCCGGAUGGGGAAAAAAUGAAUAUGUCUACCUUCAUGCUGAAGGGCGAUGUCGAGUACUGGUGGAGUGCCAAACAAUUGAUGACUGCUAGCCAUGUGGCUAUCACUUGGGACUCUUUCAAAGGAGCUUUCAUGGAGAAGUACUUCCCUGAGACUGCUAGGGAAGAUAUGGAAUACCAAUUCCUUGGUUUGAGACAGGGAGCGAUGACAGUGGGAGAAUAUACUGCUAGAUUGGAGACGAUGUCAAUGCACUUUCGCUUCUUCCAAGCGCAAGUGGAUGAACUGUACCUGUGCAAUCGGUUCAUGAGAGGACUGAGGAACGACAUAGAAGAGUCUGUGAGACUGUUGGGGAUCAGAUUUUUCCAACAGCUGGUUGAGAAAGCUCGUGAAGUGGAGACAACGAAGAAUCGCCAGAGGGGCCGACCUCAAAGUGGAGGACCUAUCCAUUCUGGGCAGGGACAAGCAGGAAAGUUUGAUAAGGGCAAAGCACCACAGAGAAAGCCUUACCAACGCCCUGCUGACAAAGUGCCUUUCGCUGGAAAAGGUGGGACAGCUAUACCUAAGGAGGAGGUUGCCUGUUUCAAGCGCAAUCAGAAGGGGCACUGCCCAAAAGAGUGUGGGAAAGAAAUCAUGUGCUAG